AGCGUGAGCAUAAAGAGACAACUUUAUAAGCAGUUUUAACCUUAAUACGAUUUGUUUCGAUUUGAAUGUUGCGUCUCGUUAUUCUAUAAGCAUUUCUUAUCUAUUUCUUAUCAAAAUAUUAAACAUCUGUAGAAGAGUUAUUCAAGAUUGUUUCAGAUUGAUUGUAAUAUCAGAUUGAUUGUAAUAUCAAAAUCACGUGUACCAUGAUUACGGCAACCUGGAGAUUACUGUCUCCGAUUAAUCGGAAACAGUUUAAUCCGCUAAAUUUCUUUUGCACUAGGAAAUUUGCUUCUGCACAAGACUUUACUAUACUUAAAUCAAAACAGAAUGUAAAAAAAGAUUCUAUCCCACCAAAGCCAAAGAAGCCACCAAGCGCAUUUAUCUUAUAUUACAACUCUAUAAGGGACAAAUUGCAAAAAGAAUAUCCUCAUUACAAACCAACUGAACUUUCGAAAAUAGCAUCAGAGAAAUGGGUACAAAUUGACCCAACAAUAAAGCAAAAUUUGCAGAAACAAUUUCAUGAACAAAUUUCUAUAUAUAAACAAAAAUUAAUGGAUUAUGAAAAUUCUUUAACUAAUGAACAGAAGAUGGAAAUAAAAUCAUUGAAAAAAGGACAUACUUUGAAGCAGAAUGAAAUUAAACAAAAACUUAUGGACCUUGGAAAGCCAAAAAGGCCAUUAUCUGCCUUCAUAUUAUUCAUGCAAAGUAAAAAGAAUACCAAAAACCCACACGAAUCAUAUAAAGAUUGGCUAAAUAAUAUAACUAAUGAAUGGAAAAAUAUGACGAUGGUAAAUAAAAGUAAAUAUAAUGCAGAAGCAAGUGAUUUAUUAAAAAAAUAUAAGAUUGAAAUGCAAAAAUGGGAGGAAGAAAUGAUUCAAGCAGGUCAUUAUAAUAUUAUAAAAUCCAAUGUUAAACAUAAACUCGAAACAGAUAAAUAGGAGUUAGAGUGCCCCAACCAAUGUAGUGUACCUAUUGUUGAAUCUAUUGCUGCAAAUUUCUCCAAUGUUAGAAUUGAAAAUAAA